AUGAACCUUUGCUUUACUACCACCACCACCACCACCCCUGGCCCAGAAUCAACCCCUUUUACAUUCAGCACAAUUGGAAGCACAACUUCAGUUGCUGUUUCUACAUCACGACCAACAACAACAACGGAAGUAAAGACCACACCUGCAGAAGCAACCACAACGAAGGCAACAACAUUUGCAGAGACAACAACAAAAUCACCGACAGUGACGACAAGUUUAGUGACAAUCUCUACAACAGCAAUUCAACGUACAACCUCAGUGACAUCAGUGACAACAACAAGUCAAGAAACAACAGGUGGUGUAGUGACAGGAAAGCCAAAAACAACAACUGUAGAAACAAGACCUGUUGAAGUGAAAGCAACAACAGGAACGACAGCUAAAGCAACAACUUCCAUUGGCCCAAUAACACAGACACUUCCAGGGACAACAAAUGUUUACACAACUGUGACAACCUCUACCACAGCUGUUGUUGAAACUACAACCUCAGUGCCUCCUUCCACAACAAGCCCAGAAACAACAGUUGUAACAUCAAAACCAUCUGUGAGCACCACAACUGCUGAAGUCCCGUCAACAACAACUACAGGAACAACUAAACCUGUUGAAACAACAACAUCAGAGGAAACAACUGUGAAGAUUGAGACAACAAAACCACCUAAAGUAGUCACCACCGGCCCUGUUACAACCUCCACCACAGCUGUUGUUGAAACUACAACCUCCGUGCCUCCUUCCACAACAAGCCCAGAAACAACAGUUGUAACUUCAAAACCAUCUGUGAGCACCACAACUACUGAAGUCCCGUCAACAACAACUACAGGAACGACAACUAAACCUGUUGAAACAACAACAUCAGAGGCAACAACUGUGAAGGUCGAGACAACAAAACCACCUAAAGUAGUCACCACUGGCCCUGUUACAACCUCCACCACAGCUGUUGUUGAAACUACAACCUCCGUGCCUCCGUCCACAACAAGCCCAGAAACAACAGUUGUAACUUCAAAACCAUCUGUGAGCACCACAACUACUGAAGUCCCGUCAACAACAACUACAGGAACGACAACUAAACCUGUUGAAACAACAACAUCAGAGGCAACAACUGUGAAGGUCGAGACAACAAAACCACCUAAAGUAGUCACCACUGGCCCUGUUACAACCUCCACCACAGCUGUUGUUGAAACUACAACCACCGUGCCUCCGUCCACAACAAGCCCAGAAACAACAGUUGUAACAUCAAAACCAUCUGUGAGCACCACAACUACUGAAGUUCCAUCAACAACCACUACGGAAACAACUACUAAACCUGUUGAAACAACAACAUCAGAGGCAACAACUGUGAAGAUUGAGACAACAAAACCACCUAAAGUAGUCACCACCGGCCCUGUUACAACCUCCACCACAGCUGUUGUUGAAACUACAACCUCGGUGCCUCCGUCCACAACAAGCCCAGAAACAACAGUUGUAACAUCAAAACCAUCUGUGAGCACCACAACUACUGAAGUCCCGUCAACAACAACUACAGGAACAACAACUAAACCUGUUGAAACAACAACAUCAGAGGCAACAACUGUGAAGGUCGAGACAACAAAACCACCUAAAGUAGUCACCACCGGCCCUGUUACAAGAACAACAACUAAACCUGUUGAAACAACAACAUCAGAGGCAACAACUGUGAAGGUUGAGACAACAAAACCACCUAAAGUAGUCACCACUGGCCCUGUUACAACCUCCACCACAGCUGUUGUUGAAACUACAACCACCGUGCCUCCGUCCACAACAAGCCCAGAAACAACAGUUGUAACAUCAAAACCAUCUGUGAGCACCACAACUACUGAAGUCCCGUCAACAACAACUACAGGAACAACAACUAAACCUGUUGAAACAACAACAUCAGAGGCAACAACUGUGAAGGUCGAGACAACAAAACCACCUAAAGUAGUCACCACCGGCCCUGUUACAACCUCCACCACAGCCGUUGUUGAAACUACAACCUCGGCGCCUCCUUCCACAACAAGCCCAGAAACAACAGUUGUAACAUCAAAACCAUCUGUGAGCACCACAACUACUGAAGUCCCGUCAACAACAACUACAGGAACAACAACUAAACCUGUUGAAACAACAACAUCAGAGGCAACAACUGUGAAGGUCGAGACAACAAAACCACCUAAAGUAGUCACCACUGGCCCUGUUACAACCUCCACCACAGCCGUUGUUGAAACUACAACCUCGGCGCCUCCUUCCACAACAAGCCCAGAAACAACAGUUGUAACAUCAAAACCAUCUGUGAGCACCACAACUACUGAAGUCCCGUCAACAACAACUACAGGAACGACAACUAAACCUGUUGAAACAACAACAUCAGAGGCAACAACUGUGAAGGUUGAGACAACAAAACCACCUAAAGUAGUCACCACCGGCCCUGUUACAACCUCCACCACAGGAACAACAACUAAACCUGUUGAAACAACAACAUCAGAGGCAACAACUGUGAAGAUUGAGACAACAAAACCACCUAAAGUAGUCACCACUGGCCCUGUUACAACCUCCACCACAGCUGUUGUUGAAACUACAACCUCCGUGCCUCCUUCCACAACAAGCCCAGAAACAACAGUUGUAACAUCAAAACCAUCUGUGAGCACCACAACUACUGAAGUCCCGUCAACAACAACUACAGGAACGACAACUAAACCUGUUGAAACAACAACAUCAGAGGCAACAACUGUGAAGAUUGAGACAACAAAACCACCUAAAGUAGUCACCACUGGCCCUGUUACAACCUCUACCACAGCUGUUGUUGAAACUACAACCUCCGUGCCUCCUUCCACAACAAGCCCAGAAACAACAGUUGUAACUUCAAAACCAUCUGUGAGCACCACAACUACUGAAGUCCCUUCCAUCAACAACAACGACAGGAAACAACUAUCUAAACCUGUUGAAACAACAACAUCAGAGGCAACAACUGUGAAGAUUGAGACAACAAAACCACCUAAAGUAGUCACCACCGGCCCUGUUACAACCUCCACCACAGCUGUUGUUGAAACUACAACCUCUGUGCCUCCUUCCACAACAAGCCCAGAAACAACAGUUGUAACAUCAAAACCAUCUGUGAGCACCACAACUACUGAAGUCCCGUCAACAACAACUACAGGAACAACAACUAAACCUGUUGAAACAACAACAUCAGAGGCAACAACUGUGAAGGUCGAGACAACAAAACCACCUAAAGUAGUCACCACUGGCCCUGUUACAACCUCCACCACAGCCGUUGUUGAAACUACAACCUCUGUGCCUCCUUCCACAACAAGCCCAGAAACAACAGUUGUAACAUCAAAACCAUCUGUGAGCACCACAACUACUGAAGUCCCGUCAACAACAACUACAGGAACGACAACUAAACCUGUUGAAACAACAACAUCAGAGGCAACAACUGUGAAGGUCGAGACAACAAAACCACCUAAAGUAGUCACCACCGGCCCUGUUACAACCUCUACCACAGCUGUUGUUGAAACUACAACCUCGGUGCCUCCUUCCACAACAAGCCCAGAAACAACAGUUGUAACAUCAAAACCAUCUGUGAGCACCACAACUACUGAAGUUCCAUCAACAACCACUACGGAAACAACUACUAAACCUGUUGAAACAACAACAUCAGAGGCAACAACUGUGAAGGUUGAGACAACAAAACCACCUAAAGUAGUCACCACCGGCCCUGUUACAACCUCCACCACAGCUGUUGUUGAAACUACAACCUCUGUGCCUCCUUCCACAACAAGCCCAGAAACCACAAUUCUUUCCACUAUAUCAUCAUUUUCCACCACUGCAACAUUUUGUGUCUGCAAUGUUAAUGGAACCUCAUUCUAUCCUGGGGAUUUGUUGUACAAUGUCACAGAUGGCUUAGGGUGGUGUUAUGUUGCAUACUGCAAUGCAUCUUGUAAAGUUGAUACACAAUCCAGUCUAUGUUCAACCACAUCGACACCCACCACAACUAGCACCUCCACGACAGUAUCAACCUCAACUUCUCCUCUCACAACAAUUUCUACAUCUACAUCCACUCCAUCAACAACUCCAUCUACAACUACCCUGGACUGCAACAAUGUGUCUCCACCAAGAAAGAAUGGAGAGUCCUGGGAGGUGAGCAACUGCACCACUGCUACUUGUAUCAAUGGGCAGAUCACAGAGACGUCUACACCCUGUCCCACAAAACAACAACCCAUGUGUGUCAAUGGACGCAAAGCUGUCAAGGUCUAUGAUGAUAAUGGAUGUUGCUUCGACUAUGAGUGUGAAUGUGUGUGCAGUGUCUGGGGUGGAUCCCACUACAUGACAUUUGAUGGAAAAUCAUACACUUUCAAUGAGAACUGCUCUCACUACCUGGUCAAAGAGAUAAUUACUAGACAUAACCUAACUAUUAUAGCAAAUAAACGUGACUGUGAUCCUUCAGAUAGUACCUUCUGUCCCCAGCCUCUCACUGUAAUAUACAGAUUCAACACAGUAGUUUUGACUCAGUUGAAGACUUCAGGAUCAACUGUUAAUGUGGUGUAUGUGAAUGACAAGCGCAUCUAUCCCGCCUACAGUGGUUCUGGCCUGCUUCUUACCAGCACAGAUAUGAUGAUCACAUUGGACAUACCAGAGAUUAACACCAAAGUGGUCUAUAAGGGCUCCUCAUUCAGCAUUGACCUUCCUUAUUCUCUCUUUAAUGGGAACACUGAGGGACAGUGUGGGACUUGCGACAACUCCCAGACCAACGACUGUCGUUCUCCAAAUGGUCAAGUGGAGAGCUGCACAGACUCUGCUGGCCAGUGGUAUGUCCCAGGGACAACUUGUGUCAUCCCCACAGCCCCAUCAGUUACUACAGCACCACCCAGGACUGAGUCAACAUCUCCGUACUCAGCAACACAACCUGUUUGCAAACCUGCCAUCUGUGAACUCCUAACCAGCAGUCUCUUUGCGCCAUGCCUCGGAGUCGUACCUGCUGCACCAUUUUUUGAGACCUGUGUGUCUGACAAUUGCAAUGGUGACAAUAAGACCUGCUCCAGCCUGGAGGCCUAUGCCACUGAAUGCUCUAAUGCAGGAGUCUGUAUUGACUGGAGGAAUGCUACUAAUGGGCAGUGUGAGCACAAGUGUCCAGGCAACAAAGUGUACAAGGCCUGUGGCCCCUCUGUCGAGCCAACAUGUAAUGAGAGAUACAACAAGAAGUUUGAGGUGGACAGCGAGGCACCCACUAACUACACUAAAGAGGGUUGCUUCUGUCCUGAGGGAACCACUUUAUUCAACACUGUCUACGACACAUGUGUUACCUCUUGUGAUUGUGUCGGACCAGACGGGAAACCUAAAGAGCCUGGUGACAGAUGGACAACUGAUUGCAACAGCUGUGUGUGUGACAAGGAUUCCAUGAGCAUCCAGUGUGAGCCUGUUAAGUGCUCACCGGUAGCGGCCACGAACUGCAGCGAGCCUGGCCAGGAGCUGGUUAAUAAGACAGAUGGCUGCUGCACAAUACCAUCCUGCGAAUGCAAUGUAAACCUGUGUCCUGCUCCUAUGACCUGCCCUCUUGGCUUCAAACUCAAUGCCACCAACGGCACCUGCUGCCAAUCAUAUGAGUGUGUUCCUAAAGGUGUAUGUGUCUAUGACAUGACUGAGUACGAGCCUGGUGCCAAGAUAGUAACCCCAGAAACAUCAUCAGAACCACCACUAAACGCACCACCAGUACCAGAGCAACAAUCAGAAACAACAACAACAGCAUCAUCAGGAGAACAGCCAUCAGAAACAACAACAACACUAUUAUCAGCAGGAGAAACACCUUUGGAAUCUGUGACAGAGGGUCCAUUUAAACCUGGCCCCUGCCAGGAGUGUUUCUGUGGCCCCAAAAUGGAUCCAAUCACCAAGCUGAACAUCAUUACCUGCACACCUGUUGUCUGCAAUACAAACUGCUCUGAAGGGUAUGAAUAUAAGACUGAACCUGACAAGUGCUGUGGGAUGUGUGUUCAGAAGAGCUGUAUUUUCACCACAACUGACAACACAACGCAUAUCAUUGAGGUCAACAACACUUUUGUACCCCCUGAUGACAAGUGUGUGCAGUAUACCUGUGAGAAGAUCAAUGGACAGCUUGUUACCAAGGAGACCAAGACCACGUGUCCUCCCUUCAACCCCUUGGACUGUGAACCUGGCACUGAGACUACUGAUGCUAACGGAUGUUGCAAAACCUGCAAAGUGCGGAGAAUCUGUGAGGUCCAGAGUGAGCAGACAGUCAUCACGGUGAACAACUGUCAGAGCACACAGCCAGUCAACCUGACAUCCUGCGCUGGACACUGUGGAAGUUCGUCUAUAUAUUCUGCAGCAGCUAACACGAUGAUACACCAGUGUGAGUGUUGCCAAGAGGCCACCACCAGUCAGAGGCAGGUGGAGCUGACCUGCGCCGAUGGCUCCAAGGUCCAGCACAGCUACACAGUGGUGGAGACAUGCCGCUGCACCAAAGCAGAAUGUGUGCCGGGGACCACGCCCAAACCACAGCGCCGCAGGAGACGCUGAUCGAUCAGUUACUGGACUGACUGGACUCACACUGGACUGAAACCUUACACUGUGCAAAACUUUGACCUUUUUAUUUCUGUCAGAUUUUAUUAUUUAUAGCUCAAAAUGUGUCACAAGAUGCUACUGUUCUGUAAACUUCCUUCAAAUUAAAAUUUCUUGGAUAAUAAUUAUUAAAAUUAUAUUUCUGCAAUAUGAA